AUAGCGCUAGUGUUUUUGUUGUCUAUCUAAAAUUGUAAACACAAAAAAAAUUAACAACAAUAAACAAAUGCUCAAUUGUCAAUAACAAAUUGUCCAGUGAUUGUUAGUCAAUUAAAAUAUAAACUGAAAAAAGGUUUCAAUAAAUAAUGUCAUUACACUUGGAUAAUCCGGAUGUCUGGGAUGCUUUGGAUAAAGCAGGUGGUUUAUUACAAAAAAGUGUAACAACAUUUCCACUUGGUGCUAUAUCACCAGCUGAUUUUAAGACAACAAGUGAAAAAAUUGUUGAUUUACGAAAAUUAUUGAUAAAUUUAAAAACACGAAUUCAAGCAUUAAAAGUUAAAAAAGCAUUGCAGCUAAUGACAGAUCCACCUGAGCUGAGUCUAGAUGAGCUUGAUAGUAUAUACAAAAAUAAAGUAUCUGAAACAAUAAUUACAAAUCAAGCAUUAUCAAUAUGUCAUCAAUCACAAGCAGUACAGUAUUUAUUGUGGAAUAAAAAAUCUAAUCCUGAUCAAAAAAAAAAAAUCAAAGAAUUAAUGACAAAAUUGUAUAUAUUAAAUGAUAAAUUAAUAACAAAUCAUGAAAAAAUUCCUUCAGUUGAUGGAUCAAGCAAUCCAACAUUAACUGAACUACGUGAGAAACAAAUGGUGAUGAAACAUGAAUGUGACAACAUGACAAAUAAAUUUGCUGAUUUUUUAAAAACCCAAAAUAAUAUUAGAAAUGAAAAGCUAAAAGAGCUGGAUCCAACUGGUGUUAGAAACAAAGAAAAAGUUCAAAAGCUUGUACGUAAAAUUAAUUUAAUGAAAAAAUUGAUUACGAAUUUCAUUGCUGCUGAUUGUCAAAAUCUUGAUCCAGAAUAUGUUGAUUAUUUAUGGUCUCAUAAGGAUUUAAUUAAUGAUGAUAAUUUAAAAAAACUAAUGAAUGAUCAACCUGAAAUUUAA